AUGGUCUCCGAGUUGGAUCUGAUCAACGUCUGCAAUAUACUCGUCAAUAUUAAGCUUCUGAAUGGUGUUUGCCCGCAGAGUCCGUGCACAGGAUGCCAACAAUUCGCCCCGCCACAGUCAGUCGUCCUGACUCUGCCCAAUCCGAACGACGGCGAGUACACGAGCAGCUUCGAGGGCACUUUUGUCGGCCCAGCCAAUGGACAACCAAAUGGACAAGGAAACCCCCAGCAACAACUUGGCUAUAACGAGCUGAACGCCGGAAAUCAACAACAAAUCGGUGGACAACAGCCGAAUGGACAGCCAAUCCUCUACCCCACCCCUGAAUUCAACCAACCCGGCCAACAAGGCCAACAGGUAAAUGCGGGUGGCGUCUAUCAGGGAUCGGCAAAUGGGCAGCCAAAUGGAAAUGGGCAAUAUAUGGAUCAGACCCAAUCCCCCUACAACUACAAUACCGUACACCCCAACAGCGGCUACGAUGCCAGUGCCCACCCUUCCACCACCACCUUCCCCACCACCCCCACGACGUUCACGACUACGCAACGCUUCCCAUCGACGCAGACUACGCAGGGAUACCCACAGACAUCCUCAUACAACAAUCAACAAUUCGAUACCCAGGGACAGCAGCAAUUCUCUGAUGGGCCCGCCCUUACUGCCAAUCAUGCCGAUAUGAAUUAUCAAUAUUCCAAGGGCGUAGACGGUGGCUCGACCCUUGUCCCCCAAAUGAUGGGCUCCACCCAGCCGUACUCUCUGCAACAGGGCACGAAUAAUCGCCUAUACGACCACGGCGAUAUGAACGCCCAGUACGGACAGUACGACACCACAAACACCGCCAACGCCGGCCAAACCGUUGCGACCGUGAUGGCGACGCUGCUCUUCUUCUUCUACCUU